AUGAGCCAGAAAAUCAUCAGUCCGUCCACCUCGGUCAACUCCACGGCCCAUCCAGGCUCCACAGGCUACGAUUACACCAUAGGUCCACAGCAGACGCUCCCAGAACUGCCUGUUUCUUCCAGCACCACCGGGGGUGGCAUCGGGGGCGGUGCUUCGACUGCUGUCUCCACGACCUUGCCUCUGCCGUCCGUUUACAACGAAUCGCUCAAUCCCAAUGCUCGCAACCAGCAUGUCUCGCUUUCAGCGUAUGCGUUUUUGUUCCAGGAAUUAGUCUCACAGGCCCGUAACGCCAGCAAAUCUGUUUCUGAAAUCGAACUGCGACUCCACCGCAGUGGCUAUCACAUCGGCAUCCGACUUUUGGAGCUGCUGAACUUCAGAAGCAGCGUUUCGGCCGGUUUCGGCUCGUCCUCGUCUUCCAAGGCCUUCUUUUCAAAAACGGCCAUGAAUCCCUCUGGCAAUGCCCUGGCGCUCAACGGCUCGCUUUCGUCCACGCAAGACGAGCCAUCCUUGGCCCAGGGCAUCUCUCACAUGAAACGUCGCGACCUGAAGCCCGUGGAGAUCCUGCAGUUCAUUCACAGCACCGUGUGGUCUUACCUGUUUGGCCGUGUCAGCGACGAUCUGGUCAAGUCCUCGGAGCGAGAAAACGAGUUCAUGCUCAUCGACUCGGCACCCAUGCUCACACAGUUCAUCAGUUCCACCAACGUUCAGUGCGACUUUUUCGUGUGUGGGAUCAUCGAAGGAAUUUUGGACUCGGCGAGUUUCCCUUGUAACGUUACUGUUCAUUCGGUGCCCGAGCCCAACUUCGAACAGAAAGUCGUGUUUGUGGUGAAAUUCGAGCCGCAAGUGCUUGAGCGAGAGGCUCUGAGAGCGUAG